GCAGCAGCAGCUCCUCCAGGUGCAGAGACCAGCCCUGUCUUCUCCUGCCGUCUGUCCAGUUGGCUUCAACCCAGCAGAGAUUCAGCAGCUAUGGAAAGAGCUCACAAAUGGAGAAAGUGACGAUAAAGCGUCUGCUGAGAGCAAUCCCGAGUUUCCUGGUAACAGUUUCAUGUCAACACAAGUCACAGCGAGACAGACCAGUGGCCUGCAGUCGUCUUCUUCUCUCAGGGCAGAGCGUGCUGAUUACGCUGCUUUGCACGUCCUCUACAACCACGGUGUGUGUCACUGGCCUGGAUGUGAAUCAGUCUGUGAGAACUUGUACCAGUUUUUCAAACACAUUGGCAGUGAACACACUCUGGACGACAGAAGCACGGCCCAGUGCAGAGUCCAGAUGCAGGUGGUUCAGCAGCUUGAGCUUCAGCUCUGCAAAGAACGCCAGCGCCUGCGAGCGAUGACGUCUCACCUGCAUCUGCCGUCUUUAGAAGCUCAGUCGCUCUCUGCCCCCGCGAGUCGACAGUCACCACAGUCAGACGCAGACGCUGACCCUCAUGGUCCACAGCUCAGUUCAGUCACCAGCGACCUGCCCUCGCUGAGCCCAUCACACUUGGCACAAGCGCUGGCUCCUUCCCAGGAGUGUGAGGAGAAUUCACCCUCUCAUACAGAAUGUGCCAGCGCCAUAAGACACUGUCAACACCCUUUAGUCCAUUCACUGCCCUCAGAAAAUGAAUAUGAGCUCUACAAGAACAACGACAUCAGGCCACCUUUCACCUACGCAACACUGAUCAGACAGGCUAUUACAGAAGCACCAGACAUGCAGCUCACGCUCAACGAGAUUUACAACUGGUUCACACGGACGUUCGCUUAUUUCAGACGCAACGCUGCCACGUGGAAGAACGCUGUACGCCACAACCUGAGCCUGCACAAGUGCUUUGUGCGUGUGGAGAACGUGAAAGGUGCUGUGUGGACAGUGGAUGAGUCGGAAUAUCAGAAGAGGAGAUCCCAGAAAAUCACAGGGAGUCCUUCACUGAUCAAAAAAGUGUCCUCUAACAUCGCCAGUUUACAGACGGCACUGACGGAGGCUUCACUGCCACGACUCAAUCAGAGUGUAAGCAGAAACGCCGAGAGUCAAAGUCGGGAAAGCAAAGCAACUAAAGACAACAGCUACAGACUUCAGCAGUCACUGUUCCUUAAAGAUGAAGCGAUGAACCUCACUGGCCAUGAAUCUCAGUGGCCCCCGAUAAAAGUUGCCGCUGUGCGUCAGGACGUAGCUUACGGAGAGCACAUGUUUGACCUCGAAUGACCUUCAAGAGUGGAAAUGUCUGAUGAAAAGCAGCAAAGGAAGCCUUCGUUGAGUGUUUGGGGGAUGUAGGACCAUACAGUUGUGACUUUAUUUAAUAUACAUCUUACUGUGGUUCCAACUGUGGCCUGUGAGUAUUUUAAGCUGUAGAGCGUAACUUUUAAAUACUAGUAAAUGUCUGUUACAUUCAAACUAAUGUCAAAUGAAUUCAAACAAUGCUGGAAACACAGAGAGGAGAACGCUGCGGCUCAAAAACCACCCCAGUCCUUCAGCAAUGUUAUGGUAUAAAUAGCUUUGUUAGCAAAAACACAGAAACAUUCAGUUAUUUUCACUUUUUCGAGUCUAACACUGCCUGUUGUUUCCCGUUAACCCAGUACUUUUUCAAUCAGUCUGAGGCCUUUUUUAUUUUCAAAAGACAAAACAUGAGAUUUAACGCAAUUAAGUGUUGGUAGUCUAGUGAUAUUCGAUCUACAUUUUUCUGUACUCAAGAAAUCGUUCAUCGUUCUGGUUACAAACACACGUGCAGUCUGAGUAGUUUCUCCUCGUGUUUUCUCUGUAAAUAGAAAUAUAAUGAUCUGUGUGGUAUUAAGAUAACGUUCCUUUUUAUAGACAUGAAGCAAAGUUUUUAUGCUUUCGUGUAAAUAUAAAACAGCACUGGUGUUUUUUAUUCGCGGUUGUAUAACAUAUUUAUUAUGAUGAACGACUGUUCCAUAAUUCCUCUUUUAUAAACAUUUGAAGGUUAAAAAACAGUUGAAAUCCAUGCUGAGUGAAUACACUCAACAACCUGUAUCGUGUUCUGUCCAGUGCAUCCCAUCACAGUGAAUAAA